GCGGCUAUAGCUGGAGGGUGGGAUGCAGCAGGUAUAGCAGUUGGACAUGAGGGUGUGACUGAACCCGGGUAGGGAGGGGGGAUGUUCCUCCAGGCCCAGGAAGGAGGCUGGAAUUUGAGUAAAACAAAGAUGUAAUUGAGUGCUUGAGUCUGAUGUCUUCAACAAGUCAGGGACUGGAUCUGGAGACCCUAGGUCCCUGCUGGCAAGAGGUUGGCAUUCCUGGAACAGCACUAGACAAAAACAGGAAGGUAAGAUUCAUUGGGCCUUGUACCUGUUUUGACAACAGUAACCUAGCACCAAAGAGCUUUUAUCUUCCCUCCUUAUCUUUCCUCCCUGUCUCAUCAUCCUGGGGAAAGCUGCCCCACCUCAGCAUCUCUAAAACACCCUUAAUAUUACCAUAAAGGGCCUUCCCCCAGCUUCUGUGAAUGUGGCUGGCCUCAGCCAAGAACCCUCCUCAGCCAGAAGGGCCUGCUCCAGGGACCCAUUCCCAUCCAUUUCUUCUGAUAAGACAGGCAGGCCAAGCCAGGAAGUGGGGAGGAGAAGGUGAAGGCAAGUUGGUGCUGGCCCGCCCUCUGCUCCCACCCCACCCACAACUCCCCUAUCAGAAUCUGUGUGUGCUAGUGUGAAUUUGCUUGUGAAUGGAUGACCGUGAAAACACAACUGGGUGGGAGGGGGACUUUGAGUAUAACCGGGGCUAUCUAAUUUUGUCUAUGGUUGUCUUAUCAUGAGUAUGACUUUGUGAGGUUGACCAAGUGAUUGAGGAGUGACUUUGAAUGUGUGGCUAUGCGUAUUUGAGUGUGAAUGUCUAUCAUUAGAUGCUGCUGUGGAUGCUUGACUGCCCUUACUCACUGUUCCAUCAGUCCCUACAUCACACACUAAUCCUUCCCCCAGCUUCACUGCCCAGAGGUUAGGAGCACACGGGAAAUGGCUAUCCUAGAUGAGGAAGGAGUCUGUGGCAACAGGCCGAGAAUUAGGGCCCAGGAGUGUCACAGGUUACACAUACAUCUCCAACUGCCUCUGACUCACCUAGUGCCCCAGGUAAAAGGCACCCAGAUAAAAGGUAGGGGAGGAGGAGACAGAAAGAAGGAAGAGUCGAGGCUGAGGAACAUGAAGGGGCCCUCAACAUUCUGCAGCCUCCUGCUGCUGUCAUUGCUCCUGAGCCCAGACCCUACAGCAGCAUUCCUACUGCCACCCAGCACUGCCUGCUGUACUCAGCUCUACCGAAAGCCACUCUCAGACAAGCUACUGAGGAAGGUCAUCCAGGUGGAACUGCAGGAGGCUGAUGGGGACUGUCACCUCCAGGCUUUCGUGCUUCACCUGGCUCAACGCAGCAUCUGCAUCCACCCCCAGAACCCCAGCCUGUCACAGUGGUUUGAGCACCAAGAGAGAAAGCUCCACGGGACUCUGCCCAAGCUGAAUUUUGGGAUGCUAAGGAAAAUGGGCUGAAGCCCCCAAUAGCCAAAUAAUAAAGCAGCAUUGGACAAUAA